CGCCGCUGUUCCCACUGCCUUCCCUCUUUCCCUCCACACGACGCCCGACCUCCCUCUGCACCCAUCGGAGUCUCGCACUCCCCCACUUUCCUUACUUCCAACCACUGUAACGACUCCUCAUGGACUACGACCGCAAAUCGACCGUCUCCUCCUUCUACGGCGGCCGCCGGAGCGGCGACGCCCUCAACACCGACUUCCCCAUCCCCGCAGGAGCGGCGCCCCCCGCCCGUCCACGCGCCGACUCGUCCUCGUCGUUCUACGGAAGCGCCAACAGGCACUCGCGAGCGGACUUGUACGACGCUGCCGGUCCCGGGGCGGGGUACAACCAGAGCUCGUACUUCGAUGCUGGGCGGACGGAGCCGAUCAAAGGAGGCGGGGGCGAGGAGACGGCGUGGGACGUGUACGCGGACUUCAACAAUGCCGGACCGCGGUACUCGACAGCGUUUGGGAUGGGUGACACCGGAAGCUAUCGUCAAGUGCCUUCCCCCACACCAUAUAGCCCGCAAACGGCUGGAUACGCCAAGCCAUCAACAGCAUCUCUCAAUGAACAGCAGCCAGGAGGUGUCGAGAUGGUGACGGUACCGGCGCUGGGGCCGGAGUGGAAGGCGGAGGAGCUGCACGGCAUGUCCAAGAAGGCCAAGCGGGAAGAAAAGCUCGAGAACAUCUCCUCGAAAUGGAAGAGGUGGAGACGUGAUGAAGAUGGCCUUUGCGGAAAGUGGUUCACCAGGAGGUUCACCGCCUGGUUUAUCUUCGGCCUCUGCGCUGCAAUCGCUAUCGUCCUGGCGUUCACAAUCCCCCGCGUCCCCUCAUUCAGCACGAACCAGCUGCAGCCCCUCUCGCCCGCCACGGCCCCCUUCAACACCACCGUCCCCACCGAGUUCAGCCGCGCGCCCGCCAACUUCUCCUUCCCAGGCAUGAUGAAGCUCCAGGCCGACACCGGCAGCAAUUUCCUCCCGCUGACGUUCAAGAACAUCCACGCUUCCGUGUUUGAUCUGACAACGGGCCGGCAGGUCGCGUCGGGCGAUACCGGCCACCUCACCAUACCCGCGAAGAAGUUCCCGAUCGUCCAGCUCAACCUGAACUUCACGUACUCGGCCGUGAAUGACUCGGACAUCACAUGGAAUAACUGGUACAACGGCUGCAAGAACAAGGCUACGGAGAUCAAUGGUACGCGCCCCGCCGUUCAAUUCAGUCUUAACCUCGACAUGAAGAUCGCAGGCCUCAUUGGGACAAAGCACGCGUCUACACAAGUUACGAACGCGGAGUGCCCUAUUGAGCUCCCCACGAACUCCGUCUGAACGGUCCCUUCCGUGUCCUGUUUGCCAGCGCGGAGUUUGCGACUCGUUCAUUUGGAUAUUUUAUUGCUGUGCUUUUCGUUUACUUUUGCUACUGCAGCUACCUGGACUUUCGUGACAGAGAGACGGACGUUUUGCUUGCCCACGAGACAGACAGACCCAACGACCUCAUCUUAUAAUGGUUUCGGCACUCAUCUCGACUGCAUUGUUUUCUCAUCUAGUAGCGUAUGCCAUCGUAUUCUCG